AUGACUCUUGGUAGACGCAACAGGGUAAUGGAGAAAGAAAGUGAGGAGGAUGAGGUGUUCGAAAUCGACGAUUUCACCGUUAUAACGGAAUUCGAGCGCUUUGGCGUGGCUAUUGAAGCUCUGAUUCAAGAAUGGGGUCUAAUCGGCACAAGACCUCGGAAAAAAUACCGAAAAGGUGUGCUACGGACUUGUUCUUGGCUGUCGAAAACAUCAGUCGUUAGUUUUGGUGAAACUAACAAACUGAAGGUUGCAUACUAUUAUCCUGAUUUGCCAAGUGAUGCUGCUGAAGAGCUACCUUGUGGCGAAAAUGACCCACAUAUCGCAUCGUUUGGCUAUGAUAUGACCAAUAUGGAAACAGAUUUUGUGCACAACAGCAACAUCACAACUAUGUAUGGUGUCUCCGAGUACAUACUCGUUUCGCCGGACGAUCAAGUGGACGAUGCGAUCAUGACGGAAGAUCAGAAAAAUCUAGUUAUUAGUGCAUUUCGAGUUGCGCAGCACAGCGUUGAUUGUGAGGUUCCGAUGUUUAUUCAAUUUGGUCAUCUUGAUAGGCAACUUUUCUUUGGCACAGCUUGCAAUAAAUCGGUGGUCACGCAUUUUGGAGGAUCUCAUCUUCGUCGAGCUCAGUUACGGCAUCACCAUCUCAGUGGUUUGUUAGAACUGUUUAGGGAGCACGUCAAAUGUCCAAUUUCACUGCUUGAUGCGGACGAUAUUCGCGUAUCUGUACAGUUCGAUUACAAUGUGAAAGUGGGUACUUCUGCCAAGCGGGGAACUGGCACUCGGGCAAAAGGAGCCACAAUUACUACGUCGCCCCAAUAUAUCGAUGAUGCUUGUGAAAUUCUUGAAUGUUAUACUUUACCAUUCGGUAGCAAGAGUGAGCCUUUGAGUGAGUUCAAUCUCAUUGCAUCCUGGCCUAAUAUGAAGGAGGAAAUGAUCAAUGAAAAUGAGUAUCACAGUGAUCUCGAUUUGCUGAGUGCAUUCAACUGGGCUGGAUCAGUCUACUUCCAGUUCACGGAGACAUUACUUAAUUAUGCACUCAAGCGAUUACUUGGACUUCCACUGUUGAAAGAUGCCAGUGAGACGUCAUUCACGCUUCUGGGCUUGAAAACAGCACCAAAGGCAUUUGGACAACUCACCGAUGGUGGGAUCGAAAAUAUACGGUUUGCUGGAGCACCGAACGUAUCAAUCACAAAUCCUGGUGCCCUUCCUCUUGAUGAAGUGCCCAUGCCCAUUGCUAAGUCCGUUAUGAAACGAUGUAUGGAUAAAAUCUUCGAUGUGGAAAACAACGAAGAAGAACCUAAUACGGAAAUAACUCCCAGUCAACCCUUGCUUACCACUCCUGGAGGUGCAGUACGAAGUAGCCCGGCACCUGCGCUUCAAAAUGUACAGUCGCGAAAAGAUCUUUCAAAGUUCGUUGAAACUAUUCAAAGCAGCAGUUCAAAACUAAAUGGUAAACUCCGACAGAUCAAAUGGACUCCACCGGAUUCUAUAACGCGACGAUUUGCAAUGGCUUUCACCAAUGCAUCUCUUGAUUACAUCUAUGGUCCAUAUGCAUUUGCACAAGUUUGGUACAAGUUCGUGAAAAGGCUUCGGACAUACUAUGACAAUACUAAAAACUUGCCAGGAAUGAGCGAAAUUACCCAGCCCAAUCUCUCUCAUUGCCUCCUACAUCAAAAACUGGAGAUGCUUCAAUGUUGCAUUUCCGCAAAACGAAAACGUCAUGAGCUCUAUGACAACACGAAAGAUUUCGGUGGAGAUGAGUUCUACGAUGCACAGUCUGAUCAAUCUGAAGAUUCCAAUUUUGGAAACGAAAGUGAGAAGACGGAAACUGCUAAUGACAGCACAUCUGACGACAACGCCAAGAGUGCUAAGAGUAUAGAGGAUAUAGAGCCGGCUGGUCGCUUGCAUCCAUUUGGUGAAUUGCGGUUAUUGCACCAUCCCGAUACGCUACUCUAUGUUCCCAUUACUCAGGAUCGCAGUCCUAUGACCGAAGACAUGCUUGAUGAAUACACGCGGUACCUCUCAUCGCUGGACGAUGGAGAUUCUAGGACUCGAGCUCAGCUUGAUGUACUUUGCAGCGAUAUGCAAGCCUUCAAGGCAGCGAAUCCAAAGUGCUGCUUGGAGGAUUUCAUAAGAUGGCAUUCUCCCAAAGACUGGAGUGAGGAAGAAGAAUGUUUAUCGGAACGAAUGCAACUUCCCGAUAAUACAUGGGUGAAAUGCUGGAAUGAAGCAAUGCCCAUACCUGUAAUUAAUCAAGCGCGACUCUUUAAUGAGUCGAAAAUCGCCGAAGAGAUUCUGUCAUUGCUGGAGAAUGCCACUGUUCAGCAAAUGGUAGAAUUUCUACGACCUGUCAUCUUCACUACUGCUGUCGAGCAGAUUAUCGAGAAAACGAAAUGCGUACAGAGCCUUGUAGAUGAGGAGCUUCUGGCUAAUGCUGUUCAUCGUGCUAAUAGGAGUGGCCUCAGAGAUGAUUAUGUCGAGGCUUUGAAGUUGAUCAAAUCAACAGAACUUCUCUUUGUGCAAUAUUCUAGUCUACUGAAUAAACUGACCAUUGGAGAAAGUGAUGAUCCUGCUAUAGUAUCACCUAAUCCGGAGGAGUUAUAUAAUUUUAUCAUAGCUCUUAUAGAAGAUGCUUCAUCUCGAAGAGAUGACGACCGAAUUGUCAUAUCUCGUGGUAUUCCUAUUUUUGGUGCCGCCAAUGGUACGCUUGGUAGUGCUGUGCGAAGAAUGUUGGAACGGCAAGACGUCAAAAGUGGUCUUUUGCCUCCGCCGUCGAGGAAGCAAUACACGAUCAGAUGGAGUGUUCCGCGGCCAACAGCUAACAGCAGAGUUGUUCCGCAACGGCUAUUCGCUUCUAUCGAGCAAGAUGAAUUCCGACUCUGUGGUGCUUUUACUGAAGAUACUGUAUAUACUUAGAAACUACCAGACAAAGUCAAUAAUAAUCUCACAUCAAAUGGCAUGAGGGUUUGCGGGAUUUUGUUGCUAAUAAGGACUAUCUGAAUUUAUGUGCAAGAUUCGAAUGUUUUUUCUUCUAUUGAGAGCCAUAUCCGUUUCGUACUUACAAAGUCAAUAAAAAUGUAAA